GGCGAGGGAACCAGGCACCCCGGCCGGUCCGUCCGCCCUGGCCGCUGCUGCCGCCGCUCCACGCGCGCUCGCAGCCCAGCGACUCGGAAACGCAACCCGCGGCUGGGCUGCACGCCGUGGGAGGGCUGCGCGGGUCCAGGGCAUCGGUUCCGAACUUGCAAGGGACCGCGGCUCUCCCGGGCCUGGAGAGUGUGAACAGGUUUGCAGAUUUACAAUGAUACAGUGAAUCUGAAGGCUAGAACCAAAAAAAUUUUCUCAGCUCUCUGGUUUGAAUGACAGUGAAUUUUCUACCAAUACCCGGCAUGGCUAAAAGUACCGAAGUCAAACUGGCGAUAUUUGGGAGAGCAGGUGUGGGCAAGUCAGCUCUUGUAGUGAGAUUUCUGACCAAACGGUUCAUCUGGGAAUAUGAUCCCACCCUUGAAUCAACCUACCGACACCAAGCAACCAUUGAUGAUGAAGUUGUCACCAUGGAGAUACUAGAUACUGCUGGUCAGGAAGACACCAUUCAGAGGGAAGGACACAUGCGAUGGGGGGAAGGCUUUGUGCUGGUCUAUGACAUUACUGACCGGGGAAGUUUUGAGGAAGUGCUGCCACUUAAGAACAUCCUGGAUGAGGUAAAAAAGCCCAAGAAUGUGACUCUCAUCUUGGUUGGAAACAAAGCUGACUUGGACCACUCCAGACAGGUUAGUACAGAAGAAGGGGAGAAGCUGGCCACAGAAUUGGCAUGCGCUUUUUAUGAGUGUUCUGCCUGCACUGGAGAAGGGAACAUCACCGAGAUAUUCUACGAGCUGUGUCGAGAGGUGCGUCGCCGGAGGAUGGUCCAGGGCAAGACGAGGCGACGCAGCUCCACCACACAUGUCAAGCAAGCCAUUAACAAGAUGCUCACCAAAAUCAGUAGUUAGGCAGCUCUGUUCUUUUCAAGGUGCUGCAAAGAUGGGUCGGGUAGUUGGAAACAAUUUCUUGUCCUUUUCCUCCUUUCUUUCCCCAAAAUAAAAUACUCUGUUCCGUGUUCUGACUUUGGGAAAUGUCUGGGCUUCCCAUUGUUCCCUGUCUCUCAUAUGUUGAGAAGUUAUACAGUGUUUUAUGAAAUUUCAGUGCUGACAAUUUCUCCCUUUCCUGCUUGAAUCAGAUACACUCUUGCAGUUUGAAAUUGUAAUCACCAAUUCUGAAAUGACUGGGUUCACAGUAAGCUAUUUUAGGCAUCUUCAUCUUGCUUCAAUAGGUUGAGAUCUCCUCAGAGGCAUUUUAAAAUUCCAUUUCUUGUUAAAGACUACAAAUGAUCACCUUAAAAGUCUAAGAUAAUAGAAAAUACAGUAACACAGAGAGAGUGGCAGAGAUAUGGGAGCAGGGAAUGGAGCCCUAGAAACCAUUUGAAGCAAGGAUUUUCUGAAUUAUCAUAAAACAUCUAGUUUUUCUUUAUCCCUUUUUUUGUUCUUAAAUUCACACGUUUGCACAAAGUUUUCCAUUAGAGUACAGUUCCAUUUUGAUUUGAGUGGGUUCUUUCAAUGACCUACUGGCAAUUGUAUCCUGUCUUUUUCUCUGAUUCCAACAAGGUUUCAUUGUAACAGAGGUAGCAGGACCCCUCAGAUCCCUCUGGGCCACUUCUCACCAAGCCCAGGAUGAUGUAAAGACAUUAGGAAUCCUUUCACCAAACCUGGCUUUAUUAAAUGAUAUUUGAAGAUUUAGAAUCAGAGAUGUCUGGUUCAUUUCUCGCUCUGCUAAUCAUCUUAGUAGAAAAACAAUAGUCCGAAAAAACAGGAAAAUAAAGGAUGAAGCUGAACGAUGCUUCUGUUAGAGAACCAAGACUCUGUGUUGGGCACAGUAAGAAAAAUUAGCCUCUGAUUCAUUAGAUGGCUACAUGACUUCUAAUACUUUGGAAAAAUUAAUUCACUUAGGAGAAUUCGGAAAAGAAUGGGUGAUUAGAGUUCACUGUACCUGAAUAAAUUUGUAUAAAAUAGAUUCUUACAUUGUGAAAGUACAGUCUAUAACUGGUAAAACUUAUGAUUCUUUUUUCCUAGUAUGCCCCCAUAUAUCAAGAUUUGGGCACUUUAUUUUAGAAGAAAAUAUAUAUCUUUUACAUAUGUGUGUAUUUAUAAAUGCAUAGAUAUAUGUAUAAAAAUUUGUAAGAGUUGAAGGCUUUAAUUCACCAAUGCAUUUGGACAACUUGGUGUAAUUGACUAUUUUAUGUGAAUAUAAUAAAAAGCAUUACUUUUCA